AGACCGACUGUUUUAAGUGAAAAUGUUGUUAACGAUAUUCAACAACGAAUGGAACAAAGUCCCAAAAAAUCGAUUUCUCGACUUUCCGCUCAAACAGGCCUAUCGACUGGUACCUGCCACAAAGCUUUGAAGAAGGUGCUACACAUGCAUCCGUACAAAAUUUCUUCCGUGCAACAAUUACAUGCACUUGAUUACGAUCGUCGAGUGCAAUAUUGCCACUGGUUCAACGAACGCUUAAACGAUAACAAUUUGUUAGACCUAACGUUUUAUUCAGACGAAGCAUGGGUACAUUUGUCAGGUUACGUUAAUAGCCAAAAUUACCGGACUUGGGCAGCAGAAAAUCCGCACAUUUUUGUCGAAACAUCUCUACAUCCCCAAAAGGUUGGCGUUUGGGUAGCCAUGUCAAGAAGGAGGAUAAUUGGACCGAUUUUUUUUUAUGAAACUAUAAACGGAGAGCGAUAUCGUGCAAUUCUGCAUCAAGCUAUUGAAGAAAAUCUGCAAGAUGAUGAGCUACAACAUGGAUUUUUCCAGCAAGAUGGAGCCACGGCACACACCGCUAACGAAACGCUUAGAUACCUCCAAGAAUUUUAUGGCGAUCGAAUUAUAAGCACUGGUUUGUGGCCUCCAAGUAGUCCUGACCUCACACCAUUGGACUACUUUUUGUUUGGACGAAUUAAAAAUAAUAUAUUUAAAAAUCGACUGCACACACUCGAAGAAUUGGAAAGGGCGAUACGACAAGAAAUAAACGAUGUGACGCAAGAUGAACUCGAACGUGUAUUUGAAAAUAUGAAGCGUAGAGUGAAUUUGUGCCUGGAAGUGAACGGUGGCCACUUUGAGCACCUUUUGUAACAAUAAAUAGUACAAUAUA